GUUGUGAUCGAGAAAUAAGAACUGGUAAAACUCGAGAUCUUAAUAAAUAUAUGAAUUUAAAUAGAAACCUUCAUAAAGGUCAAUGUUUACCAGCUUUGCGUUUAAUACAAAACCCAGUUCCAUUAUCAAAACCAGGAAUUAAAAAUAAUAAAAAGAUUAGGUCAAAACCUAUACCAAAGACAGAUAAAGAAUGGUUUGAUUUAAUGAAAUCGAAUAAUGACAAUAAAGGUAGUGAACCCAGUGAUUCAGAAUAUAAUAUAGCAGAUGAAGAUCCAGAUAUUUAUUUUAAGAAAAUUGUAGAUCCAUAUAUUAAUAGAAUAUCAGAAGCUGAAAAAUUUAAUAAAGGUGAAGUAUGUGAUUAUUACACAUCUGUUCCCAAAGAAUAUUUUGCUGAAGCACAUAUAAAGAAAAUUACACCAGAAUCUCAAGAGCCAAUAUUAAAAACAAUUUCAUUCAAACAAAAUACAAUAGAAAUUAUAAGAGAAGAUCAAAUUAAUGCAAGUAUAGAAAAAGGAUAUAAUGAAAUUAUAGAUGAAAUAAAAGAUGAGGCAUUACAAGAAUCUGGAUGGUCAUUUGUCCGAGCAGAAGAGGUAUUUCUUGAAAUAAGUGCAUUCAGACUAUUGCAAGGUAGUAGUUAUCUACCUUUACCAAAAGCUUUAGAUAAGCCACAACUAGGAAUAAUUAAUCUACAAAAUAGGGAUGAUAAUGAGUGUUUUAAAUGGUGUAUAAGUGCAUAUCACACAAGAGAGGAAGCAAUAAAAGCUAAUAGAAAGCCACUACAUCUUAAUGAAAUCCGGAGACUUAGACGAAAUGCAAAUAUAGCAAAUUUUGAAG